ACGCCGUGUUGCUGCAGCAUCUGUCGCUGCCACACGAAACACACCACCAUUGCUAUUGUUGCCGCCCGUCUCUUCCAUACGAAACAACCAAAACCAAAUGCUCUGAGCUGAGCAUCUCCAGUACCAGAUCCCCAAGAGCGCGGCAACAAACAAACAAUUUCAGCCGCAAAUUAGAGGAGGGCGGCCAUGGGAGAAUCGGCGGCGGAGGAUGUCCCGAAGAGGAGGGGCGUGGUGGUGGCGCCGGCGCCGCGGCCGCGCAAGGGGGUGGCGUCGUGGGCGGUGGACCUGCUGGAGCGCGUCGCCGUCCGCCUCGCCCACGACAAGACCAGGCCGCUCUACUGGCUCUCCGGCAACUUCGCCCCCGUCACAGACGAGACGCCGCCGGCGCACGACCUCCCCGUCCGGGGACACCUCCCGGAGUGCUUGAAUGGCGAGUUUGUCAGGGUGGGGUCUAAUCCCAAGUUUGUCCCUGUUGCAGGGUAUCAUUGGUUUGAUGGAGAUGGAAUGAUCCAUGCAAUGCGUAUCAAAGAUGGGAAAGCUACAUAUAUAUCAAGAUACGUGAAGACUUCACGCCUCAAGCAAGAAGAGUAUUUUGGGGGAGCAAAGUUUAUGAAGAUUGGAGAUCUGAAAGGCUUUUUUGGAUUGUUCAUGGUCCUAAUGCAAGAACUUAGGAAAAAGCUUAAUGUCUUGGAUGCUACUUAUGGAACCGGGACAGCUAAUACUGCACUUGUAUACCAUCAUGGCAAACUCAUGGCCCUCUCGGAAGCAGAUAAACCUUACGUUGUUAAGGUCCUUGAAGAUGGUGACCUGCAAACUCUUGGGUUGUUGGAUUAUGACAAAAGGUUGAAACAUCCUUUCACAGCUCAUCCAAAGGUCGAUCCAUUUACAGAUGAAAUGUUCACCUUUGGGUACUCACACGAACCUCCUUAUUGUACAUACCGCGUCAUCACCAAGGAUGGAGUUAUGCUUGAUCCUGUGCCAAUUACAAUACCGGAAUCUGUAAUGAUGCAUGAUUUUGCCAUCACAGAGAACUAUUCCAUAUUCAUGGACCUGCCUUUAUUGUUUCGACCAAAGGAAAUGGUGAAGAAUGGUGAAUUCAUCUACAAGUUUGAUCCUACAAAGAAAGCUCGCUUCGGUAUACUCCAGCGGUAUGAAAAGGAUGAGAAAAACAUCAGAUGGUUUGAACUCCCCAAUUGCUUCAUUUUCCACAAUGCUAAUGCUUGGGAAGAGGGUGAAGAAGUUAUUCUAAUUACCUGCCGCAUCAAUAAUCCAGAUUUGGACAAGGCGAACGGUCACCAGAGCAUCAAGCUUGAGAACUCCGGGAAUGAGCUGUACGAAAUGCGAUUCAACAUGAAAACUGGUGCUGCUUCACAGAAGCAACUAUCCGUUUCUGCGGUAGACUUUCCUCGAAUUAACGAGAGUUAUACUGGCAGAAAGCAGCGGUACGUGUACUGCACCGUGCUCGACAGCAUAGCGAAGGUGACUGGCAUCAUAAAGUUUGACCUACACGCUGAAGCAGAGAGUGGCAAGAAGCAGCUUGAAGUUGGGGGGAACGUGAGAGGCAUAUAUGACCUGGGACCUGGCAGGUACGGUUCAGAGGCAGUUUUUGUGCCCAAGGAGCCAGGUGUCUCUGGAGAAGAAGAUGAUGGCUAUCUGAUAUUCUUCGUCCAUGACGAGAACACAGGGAAAUCUGAAGUCAAUGUGAUUGAUGCCAAGACAAUGUCAGCUGAUCCAGUAGCAGUUGUUGAGCUGCCGAACCGGGUUCCUUACGGAUUCCAUGCCUUCUUUGUUAACGAGGAACAACUGGGACGACAAGCAACGGAGUGAACCCAGAACGAACUGGAUCUGCAUGCAUAUAUAUUCUGCCUACACACGUUGGAAAAAAUAAUAAAUUGCAUGUUCUGUAUAGGAGGUAAAUUGGUAUACGCCCUCAAAUACGUGUACUACGUAGAAGGAGAUGUACAUACGUUCAAGUACAUAUAUACAGUACUCCAUCCGUCCAAUAAAAGAUGUCUUAAGUUUAUCAAAAUUUGGAUGUAUCUAAACAUGACUUAGUGUAUAGAUGCAUUUAAAUUUAGCCAAAGCUGAGACAUCUUUCGUUCGACGGAGGAGUAGUAUACAUUUUA